UACCUUCAUUCAACUUGGGAGGCUAUUCACUGGAAGCCUUCCGUUUCUGGAGGACCAGGCAGCCUCUUUCCCAGGAGCACUGAGGCGACUACCAAGGAGAGCACCUCUCCACUGGCGUCCAUCGAUCACUCGGAAAUCGGCCCCUUCCGACUACCCUUUCUUGGUGCUCUGAGCACUUCCUUAUCUCUGGAGGGGGAGAUGGUGCGACACUCUGCGACCCAGGGAGGCAGAGACUGAGGGAGAGGGUCGGGAGAGGCGGAGGAAGCGUCCGCUGAGAGGCGGGGCAAGAGAAGAGGUGCAUGACGCCAUCUUCCCGCCCCUCCCCCGCGCGCCAAAAUCAAACAAGCUGGUGUUUCCCGCGUCUACCCUGCCCGGGCUCAGUGGGACCACAGCCGCAGCUGAGGAGAAGUCAUGGCUACCCCGCCCAAGAGGAGCUGUCCGUCUCCCGCCAACGAAGCGGGGAGGACUCGCAUCAAGAAGAUCGCCAUCGAAGGCAACAUCGCUGCAGGGAAAUCAACAUUUGUAAAUAUCCUUAAGCAAGUCUCUGAUGAUUGGGAAGUGGUUCCUGAGCCUGUUGCCAGGUGGUGCAAUGUUCAGAGCACGCAGGAUGAAUUUGAGGAACUGACAACUUCUCAGAAAAGCGGUGGGAAUGUGCUUCAGAUGAUGUAUGAAAAACCAGAACGAUGGUCAUUCACCUUCCAGACCUAUGCCUGCUUGAGCAGGAUACGAGCUCAACUCUCUGCUGUAAAUGGGAAGUUCAAAGAGGCUGAGAAGCCUGUGGUGUUCUUUGAGCGUUCUGUAUAUAGUGACAGGUAUAUUUUUGCAUCUAACUUAUAUGAGUCUGAUUGCAUGAAUGAAACAGAAUGGACAAUUUAUCAAGACUGGCAUGACUGGAUGAAUAACCAGUUUGGUCAGAGUCUUGAACUGGAUGGGAUAAUUUAUCUCCGAGCCACUCCAGAGAAAUGUUUACAUAGAAUAUUCUUGAGGGGAAGAGAAGAAGAACAAGAAAUUCCUCUGGAAUACUUGGAAAAACUGCAUUAUAAACAUGAAAGUUGGCUCCAGAAUAGAACACUGAAAACCAACUUUGAUUAUCUGCGAGAGAUACCUGUCUUAACAUUGGACAUUACUGAAGAUUUUAAGGACAAAUAUGAAAAUCUUGUUGAAAAGGUCAAGGAAUUUUUGAGCACUUUGUAAUAUUACAGAAGACAAUUAGGCAGCCGAAUGAUUCCAAAUACUUCAUCUUUGUGCAUUUUCAUCUUUGCUGUAACUACAACAAAAACAUGAACCAUGUGUGAAAUCUGUAUUUUUUUUUUAGACAAUCUCUGUAAAAGAUGACCAUUAGCAUCUUAUAAUUUUGGAAACAUUUAUGAAAUUACAUCAUAAAAGCAUUGUUCUUAGUAUGAACCAAGGCAGCUUUUUAACUAUGUCAGGAAUUCAUAAUUGGAGGAUCCCCAUGUGCUUUAUUUAAAAAUUUUCUUUGGUAUAUCUUUCCCUUAAUUAAUAUUAUAAGUAAGGCAAAAUAAGUUCAGAAUCUCAUUUCUUCAUUGAUAUUUAUUGUUGUGUUGUCGACAGGGCUGCUGGCUAAACAAGCAGAUGGAUCUGUCUCCAAGUUUGGCCACUGACACAUGGAAAGUCACUUUUACAGUUUGCUCUGCCUCCUCUGUGCUGUUGCUUCUUACUAUCUUCCAUGGUCAUAGGAAUAUGGAGGAUUUAAGGCUUAACGUUUUCAAAUCUAGUUGUUUGUUGAGUAUAAGCUACUCAUGGUGUUCAUAGAUAGGCGCCUACCAUCUCAUCUACUCUUUUAAAAAAGGAGAGAAUUAUUAUAGAUACUGAAUUGUAUGAUGUUCCUUAAGUAACAUGGGCAACUUACUACUGUAGAUAAUUUCCCUUUGUUUUUCAGUGUAGAUUAGUUUUAACUCCCAGCACUUAGCCAUAGAUGUUGAAGGGAGGACAUCCUAAUUCCAAAAUAGCCUGAAGAUAUCUAGAGUGAUUGGGUAGUUGUUUGGCUUUAAUAAGUGAAGGGAAAGAGUAUUUGCAUAUACACAUUUCCAUUUAUUUUGAGAGCACUGAGUUAUCACUUCCAUUUGCUUUGUUUUUGCAGAAUUUUCCCCCCAAAUUUUUUUAAAUAUUGUUUUCCUUUAUAAGAAAUACUCACAAAACCAAAACAGUUUCUUCAGAAAACUUUGAUUCUCUUUGCUGACCCACGUGAUGUGUUUAUGAAAAAAAAAUCACAGAAACACAAGAGCUCCUUUAUAAAGCCCUUCAUUACUUAUUUAUAUUCUGUUCUCUGCUCACAUGCUUCAUGGUAGGUGUAUGUAUAAUGAAAAAGUUUUCAUGUCAUCUAGUGAAGUAAAAUAUUUACUUAACAUAGGUCAUAUAAUUUGAUAUAUAAUAUCAAUAUAGUUUGUUCUUUGGUGAAUUUCAAGAAUAUCUUACUAAGAUAUCAUUUUGGAAAAAUUGAUUGUUUUAUAGUUUGAGUGUUUUGUUGAUUUUUAUAUCAAUGUGAGAGCUUAGUGCAUUAUUUCAAAUAAACUGAUUUUUUUUUGUAAAAGGAACUUGGUUUAAAAUGCCAUAAAUAUUAUUAAAAUA